CAGAUUGAAAAAAAAUUACUAAUUGUUGGGGAUGGUAGUUGUGGGAAAACAAGUCUUUUGGGUACUUUUGUUUAUAACCAAUUUUUGACAAGUUAUGAACCAACAGCUUUUGAAGAAACAUCAGUGCCGGUGACAGUUGAAAGAAAUAAUAGAACAUAUGAAGCCAUCUUAAAUUUGUGGGAUACAGCAGGGCAGGAGGGUUUUGAUCGGUUGAGACAUCUAGCAUACCCAGAUAGUGAUGUUAUCUUAUUGUGUUAUUCAGUUGACGAUCCAGUUUCCUUUAAAAAUGUUAUGGAACAUUGGAUUGAUGAAAUUAGAAUGAAUGUCCAAAAUGUUCCAAUCCUAUUAGUUGGAUGCAAAAUUGAUUUAAAAAGUACCAGGUUUUCCAACAUAAUUUCAACUGCGCAAGGAAAAGCUUUAGCAAAAAGAAUCAGAACUGAUGGGUUUUCUGAGUGUUCAGCAAAAACUGGUGAAGGGGUUCAGAGGGUAUUCAAAAAUGCUAUUCAGCUUGCAUUGAAA